UAUUUCUUUAUAAAUUUAUCAUUUUCCACAAAUCUUCGUAAAAUUUUUGAAGAGGAUAAGAUUGCAAAGUCGCAAUAAGAGUAUUUGGCAACACUGAUCAGUUCCUUCAAAAUCAAAAUAUACGGACGUAAACAGUUCGAAUGCAGCAUAACUAUUUCACGUUUUUAGCGUAAUUCCGCUGUUUUAUAAAGCAGAAUUGGUCAUAUUCGGUCAGAAUGAAAGUUACCAAACAUAAAAAAGCUCGGAAGUAUAUGAGCUUCUAUAUAAAUAAUUUCGGUUUCCGGGAACCGCUGCUGGUGCUCAUCGAUGGCACGUUUUGCCAUGCUGCUUACAAGGCGCGCAUCCAGAUAGAAGACCAGUUGAAGAAAUACUUCCAAUGUGAGCUGAAGCCCAUCGUUACCGCGUGCAUCAUCACGGAAACGGAAAACAUCGGUGGACCCCUGGUGGCAGUUUGUCAGCUGCUCAAAAAAUUUCUGGUACACAAAUGUGGCCACGAAAAGCAUCCGAUCCCCGGGUCGUCCUGCAUCCGGGCCAUGACCAAAACUUGCAAUUACAUCGUGGCCUCGCAGGAUCGCGACCUGCAGCAGUGGAUCCAAUCGAGGCCGGGAAUCCCGCUGUUCUAUUUGCACAACGAUUUGGUUCCCACCUUGGUACAGCCAUCGGACUCCAGCGUUCGGGCAGCGUCGAAUAAAAGUCGAGCUAAGGUAGACCUUCGCCAGGUGGACGAAAAAACGUUGACCGAUCUGAAGCGCAAGGAGGGAAUUCUGGUCGACGAUAGCCAACACAAACCGAUAAAGAAGAAAAAGAAGCAUAAAAAUCCGAAUCCACUGUCCUGCAAAAAAUCUAAGAAAGAGAAAAAAAUAACCGCUGUGUCACCGAAGGAUUCAUCUACGCAGGGAGGUGGUGUCGAAAAACGUAAACGGAAAAGAGUAAAAUUGUCGAAACAUGUCGUCGAGCAUUUGAAGCAAAAUAAACCCAUGGCUGUUUAAUAAUUACAUUUUUUGUAUGAACACCGAACUGAAGUGAAGAAUGUCAUGUAUCUGUUAAGCAGCAACCGUAGUUUUUGCCCCGAACUACCCAUAGUUACGGUUGAGUAGCAACCGCUAUCAAGUUGAUUUUUUCCAACAACUUAGUAAGCCGUGGAACAGGAUGUGAAAAUUUUCAUCAUUAUUCAAAUGAUUAGAUAGCGAAAAGAAUAAACUUGUGUUACUCUCGAAGAAUUGAAGGUGAUUGAAACUGAAGUCAGAAAGAAACACAACUGAAUAUUUGAAAAGCCGUCAGAGUCAGGAACAACAGAUGCAGCUAGUGGUAUCUAUCAACAUUUCGACCAAUAGAGAAAAUAGUCUGAAUAGCUGAAAAACAGUCAAGAAUAAAACGCCAACCUAGUCGAGUGACGGAGAGGAUUGGGUUUGAAUUCCUGUAUCAAUAGAAAAAGCUGCUUUCCAACAUGUGCGCGAUAACCUCGAGGACCUCAACGGAAAACCCGAGGUCAACGAUACGGAUUUGGUGUUUUUGCAGGGAAUUCUGGAAAACCCCGCCGUAACCCAAGUGAUCAAG